UUGGAUUGUUAAGGACUAUUUCCCGAGUUUGAUUUAGGUUACAAAUUCCCAUAUUACUCACACAAGCAUUCUGCAUAUUAAUCUAUACUUGAUCUUCAACGCCUGCAAGAUAAUUCUGACAGAUUUCCCUUAGUGGGAAGCAAAUUAGAAUAGAAAUGGCUUCUUCUGCUAUCCAUGCAGCUGAACCUUUCAGUAAUCCAUUCCAGAAUAAUUUUGUUCCUGUGGAGAGUGUGCAGGAGCUUGCAAUAAAGAAACCCAAUGAUAUUCCCCAGAGAUAUAUCAGAUCAGAAGAUGAGAUGCCAUCUUCAACACCACUGCCUUCUGUCUUGAGGGUUCCUGUAGUCGACAUGGAAAAGCUACUCUUGCCCUCUGAAAACCAUGAAAGACAGAAGGAGAUAGGCAUUCUUUCUAAGGCCUGCGUAGAGUGGGGCUUCUUUCAGGUUGUGAACCAUGGAAUUCCACAUUCUUUGAUAGAUCGCAUGAGAGGAGUGGUUGAUGAAUUCUUUAGCCUUCCCAUGGAUGGAAAGAAAAGGUAUGCCAAGCAAGGAGGAGAUGUUCAAGGCUAUGGUAAUCUGUUUGUGGUUGAUGAAGAUCAGAAGUUGGACUGGGGCGACUUGAUGACUUUAGUAGUUAUGUCUAAAAAGCUUAUGAACUUAUCUCUUUGGCCAACUACACCAUCGGAUUUCAGAAACACUGUGGAGAGGUACACCGCUGAGGUAGAAAGGGUUGCGCAAGCAAUCUUGGGUCUAUUUGGUGAAAACUUACAAUUAAAGAGUGAUUAUUUCAAAUAUAAAUUUGGAGAAGAUCCACUUAUGACUAUGAGAAUGAAUUUGUAUCCACCUUGUCCUAGGCCUGAUUUAGUGUUUGGGUUAAGCCCUCAUUCAGAUGGAGAUGCCAUAACACUUUUGCUUCAAGAUGAUCAAGUAGAAGGUCUUCAUGUGCGCAAGAACAAUGAAUGGAUUCUUAUUCAACCGAUUCCUUAUGCGUUUGUUGUAAACAUUGGUGACCUAAUGGAGGUUAUGACAAAUGGGAGAUACAAGAGUAUAGAACACCGAGCAAUGACAAACAAGGAGAAAGCAAGAUUGUCUAUUGCUAUGUUUUACCAUCCAGGUUUAGAUGAAGAAGUGGCUCCAGCAAGCAACCUUGUGGACGAGGAACACCCCUCCCUAUACAAGAAGUUCAGACAUCAAGAAUAUAUUCGUUAUUACAUGGCUACACGACUCAAUGGAAAGAAGUCACUAGCUGAUUUUGCCAGAGUAUGUGAAUAAUAUUCAAGCUUUCCAGUUAAUGUAGUAUGCAAGCCAAUUCUUAAAUUAUGGCUUAUACUGAGUAAAAAGUAAAUAAUAAGAUAAAAAAAAAUUUCAUAGUUUUAAGACAUACAAUGUUGGAGAUAUGACAUAAAAUGUGUGAAUAUAUAUACAAACCAAUAUUUACAUA